AUGGCGUUAAUGCUGGCACCUUACAAUGAGGCCAUGCGGCUCGGUAUGGGCUAUACGCAGCAGCUUUGCUGUAAUGACGUUGUCAGAUUACCCAGUGGACGACCUGCUACCGAGAGUGAUCUGAAAGACACCAAGCAGAAUCCUCCCGCCCAAAAGUCUCUUCCAGGUUCUGGAGCGGAAUCUGGUAUUCUGUCGACCCAGAAAGGCACAGAUUCUAUUGUUCAAAAGAAGAUUGGUGUUGGCAAUGAUAAUCAAAAUGUCGUCAGCCAGGUUGUAGACUGGCAUGCAAGCUUUGUGGAUUCUGUGAGCGAAGUCACCAAGAAAUUGGACAUCAGCGGAGCACUGUCUGUCAACGUGGACGCGAUUGGUAGCGUGAAGGUCGCGGGACACUAUGUUGACGAUAAAGCCUUGAAACAGUCGGAUGCUACAUACGACAUCACAGUCAAUGUAACAAACCAACGUCUCGAGGCUCCGCAAGUCACGCAGUUUACUCCUAUCGCCAAUAUCGACCAGAGCCGCUUUCAAGAGGUAUACGGGGACUGCUUCAUAUCAGGAUUCCUAGAAGGUGGUAUAUUUCAUGCACUGGUUGCGUGUGAGAGAACUGACGAUAAAGCCUUGCUGGAUGCCGGAGGCGAGAUAUCAGCUGGAGCCAAGAUUUCAGGUCUAGAUAUCAAAGGUGAAAUCAAGGCUAAUUUCAAAACCGGCACAGAGAAACAGAAUUACACAACAACAAUCACAGUGAACUGGUCAGGAGGUGGCGAUAUUAAACCAGAUAGUAUCAACGAGUGGGACAUUAAGAGCCUGACCAGAGUCGCUAUGGACUUUCCAGACAAGGUUGCUGCGUGCCCCCAGAGAACAUAUGCUAUUCUGACCAAGUACACCUCUCUGAGAAGCUUCCACGAGGCUACACUCAGAGGAUCACCAUUAGACUACGAGAACGCUGGCAUCUAUACUAAUUCGCUACUCGACGCGUACAUGGACUACAAAUACAUCUGGUCGCAAAUCCAAGAGAGAAUCGCCGCAGUUGACAAAGGUCUCAUGACGGUUAAGAAAGCCGAAGAACAAGACGGCCUUGCCACCUAUCGGGAGUCUUUUGCCAAGAGUUAUGAGGAGCGCCUGAAAGCCUUCAAAGAAGCCGAAAAGACUAUGCUUGAAAACCCAAGCCAGUUCCGCGACAUAGUGCUCGAGCCCCCGAUGCCUGCCAACGCUCUCCAGCCCUACACUGCCGAUCUCUAUGGGCUAGAUCAUGCGAAGCGCGAUUGUCGGUUCGAGAUGAUUAAGAUUGUCAGAGAGGUCAAGGCUGUCAGUCUAGAUCCCCAGAUCGCUACAGAUGCCACCCGUAUCUGGCAAUACGUUGCACCUAGUAUCUUCAGAAGGCUAGUACCGUCCGACGAACCGAUCGACAAGAAGACUCCUGUGGACAAGGAGGCUAUUAAAAGUCAUUUGGCGAGCAGUGUCGAGGAAGCAGCGAAAGACUACCAUGACGAGUCAACACCGCCACGAGCAAGUUUCUAUCAGUCUGGUCAGCCGAUUUGCGAUUUGGAGAAACGAGUCAACUUGAGAUAUGGACACCUCGCUCAGAAUUGGCGAGUUGACUCAGUCAAUGGCCAGAGCACCACUCCGUCCUCCGCACAGCAGUUCAACGAUCUGGAAGUCUUGGAUAAGACGUAUUCUAUCACCAACAUCACCCUAUGGCAUGACCAAAAGCGCCUUGUUGGGAUCCAGCUCCUGUACCAGAAUGGGCAGGUGUUAUUCCACGGUGUUAAAGGGUCGUCCUAUCAGUCGUCAAGUUUCAACAUCGAUGCUGCACGUAAGAAUAACCCCGAGAGGGUUAACCUUCUUUGGCUUGAGGCUCACGCCGACGAAGCUGGAAAGGCUUGGGUUGAUACGAUUCGAAUCGCCACCUCUGGUGACCUAUUCAUCGUAGAACCAGCGGAGAGACUCAAAUACAACAAGUCCUUUGAGCUGAAGGCUACCAAGCCUAAGUCCGGCGGCGAUUGGGAACUAAAAGGCUUUUACGGAUCCUUCGAAGAGUCUGAGAAGGCCUUUGCGCAGCUCAGUCCAAUCUGGGGCAAAACAGCUAUUGACGAUCCCGUGCCAAAGGCUAUGCCACUGUUCGAUUCAGCAGCGUGGACGUCGGUGCUGAACUGGCCUAUCUCCACGAUUGACUCCCUCAGCAGUCAUCUAGAUCGAGGUGACAGCUAUCGUUUGUCCCAUCCACGGGGUAGUUUGGCCAACACCAGCGGAACACCUUUCAACGCCCUAGACCACAUUGGUGAUAAUUGGGAAUUCAUAAAGGUUGACUUUUACUUCAAGAACCUGGACGACAUGUCUGUCUUGGCCGGAAUAGCCGCGGACUAUACCAAUGGCAAACAGCUACAGCAUGGCAACUGUGGGUCUGGGUUGCUGAUACAAACUUGGAGUCCCUCGGAUUAUGCCAAAGACCAACUUGUCGCUAUCUCUUCUUGUAUCAAAGAGAGGCCAGGCCAGUCGCAGUGUGCUCUGGGUCUCAGAUUCUUCUUCGAGCGGGAGGAGGAAGUGGAAGAGCCGAAGGAGGAGCCUAAGCAGAAACAGUCGGCAUCGAGCAAAUCUGCAUCGGAGCCUGUGUCUGAGGAACUGAAGGCCAGUGUCGAUGGUUCAAAGCCAGCGGAUGUGCCUAGUGCGCCGGAAAAGAAGAAGUCAACUAAGAAGACAGAGCUUUGGCUUUCAGGGCCGUUAGGGCAUCGUGAAGACAGUUUGUGGAGUUUGGAUGCUGCAAGCUCAAACCCAUCGCGAAGUCAAACUUCUGAAGAGUGGACAGUGAAGGGAUUUAUGGGACAGGCUGGCAUGGACUGUAUUGAGACAGUGGCUGUCAUCUGGGGUAAGAAAUAA